AUGAGUAAUAAGAAAAAUGUCACAGAAUUCAUUCUCUUGGGACUUUCACAAGAUCAGAACGUUCAGAUAUUUCUCACUCCCAACACCGUUGGAUGCAGCCAUCUUAUCAACCAACCUAUGUAUUAUUUCCUGGCACACUUGUCUUCCAUAGAUGUGAGCUAUACUUCUACCAUUUCCACCAAAAUGAUCUGGGACAUACUCGCUAAAACAAAAGUCAUUAUUUUCGACAACUGCAUGUUCCUACUCUUCAGCAUGCACUUCUUUACGUGCACCGAGGUCUUCAUUCUUAUGGCAAUGGCCUUUAACUGCUGUGUGGCCAUCUGCAGACUUCUACACUACAUGGUCAUCAUGAGUAGGAAGAAAUGCAAACUCCUGAUCUUGCAUUCCUGGAACCCAUUCAGUGGAAGGGUGCUACAAAGCCCUCUCCACCUGAGGGUCUCACAUAUCGGUGGUCUUCUUAUUCUUCAUGCCCUCCAUCUUCACCUACCUGCGACCUCCUCCAGCUACUCCGUUGAUAAGGUGUUUUCUCUCUUUUUCACCAUCAUCCCGCCCAUGUUCAACCCCUUAACUUACACGUUGAGAAACAUAGAGAUGAAAAAUGCCAUGAGAAAGAUCUGGCAUAGAAAGGUGUCUUCGUAG